AUGGCUUGGGAAUUCCUCAGCCCCAUCCUCACUCCGAACGCUCUCGCCACUGUUCAGGCGAAUCCAAUCCUCCUUGCCUACCUUCUAGGCUGGAUCGGUGCCCUCAUUGCGCUCAUCUCCGUUGCCGUCGCAAUUCACAUCCAGACUUCGAAGGCGUACAAGAAACCGAAGAAGACCGAUGGAAAGGGGGGUGCACCACCAAAGCCAGCCGGCAUUCAAGCCAUUUUCUACGUGCGGCAUGUCGAUGGGAAAGGGUAA